AUGGGUUGCACUCCAUCAAUUCACGAUAAGAUCGUUUAAAAACAAAUGAAAAUCAGCAUUGCAAAGGCACUAAGAGAUAAUCGCGAUGCCUUUAUAGAGCAUUAGGUUAGAGAUAUAGAAAUUCGCAAAAAGAGGAGUACUAAGAGGACUAAGAAAUAGGUUAUUAGCGUUGAUUGGGCUGAAAAUAGAAAGGAAGGUGAUAUUCCCUUCUUAGGGAGUUCAUAAGGUUCCAGAAAAAGUAUUAACACAUCUUCAUUCUAUCGAACUGAGUACACUUAAUUUCCAUAAUCUGAAAAGAGUUCCUCCUAUUAGAAAAAAAGGAUUAAGCCUGACGAUGAUUCUAUCAGUGAGAUUAUUAAGUCAGAAUUAAAGAGGUACCAAAUUUUUGAAAGUGCCAAGAAAAAUCAUUAAACAAUAUCUGAAUCAGUGGUUUCUCAGGAUGCUGAACCAAAAAUUUUACCAAACAUAAAAAUAAUGGGAUUAUCUGCACAGAAAAAUUAAUAGGUUAAGAAAUGA